AUGGUGGGUGUUAGAACUUGGACAGAUGAUGCAAUCUGGUAUGUCCUACUGGCAUCUGAGAUCUUGGAGCCACACUCCUCGGUUGGCAGACCAAACAGGCGCUUUACAGAUGAACAGAUAGCAGCCUUUUGUAAGCAGGAUGUCGAAGAUUUGCACCAUGUUCCUGAUGCAAGUGGUAUCAAAUAUGUUCGCAAUAGUAAGAAAGCAGAAUAUAAACUGGCAACUGCACCAAAACCCUCUCCAGCGGUGUUAGCAGCCAUUGAGCGACUCCGAAAUCGACAUGAUCCCCCUUCUCAAGACAAGGACAAUACAACAGGAAACAUGUCGAGCAGGAGGGGAAAUCCAACAAGCAGUGCCAAUCGUCGGCAGUUACAGGAGCCCACCUGCAACGGACAAAUUGGUAAUCGACAACAACCCCGGGGCUCCAUGAGACCACAAACUCCACCGGCAUACCCUCCAAUGCCUCCUCAGAUGAUGGGUUCAUUCAGACCUGGUGUUGCACCUCCGGCUCCAUUAAGCCCAAGAAUGAACAACAGGCAGAGAUUUAAUGUGCCAACACAGAGUGGGAAUAGCCUUUCUUGGGACCCACAACAAAUGUUCCCCGAUGGCAUGUAUCAACCACAAGGAUACCAGAUGGGUCCAAACACAUCGACAUUCCAGCCACAAAUGCAGGCUAACAACAAUGGAAUGCCUUUGAACGUGGCAUACCCGACAAACCACGGGCAAUACCCACAGGGCUUCCCAGAGGUCAACAGGAAUGGAAUGAUGAUGCCACAAGGUCAGGGCGGUGUUCAAAGUUCUCCCAAUUUCCAUCCUGCGAUGUAUUAUGGACAGCCUAAUGGAGGCAUGGUGUCACAGGUGAAUCCUCAGUAUUGGGGACAACAACAGGCUGGUUACAGCACCAAUCUCCCUGGCCCACCUUCAAACUUUGGUUUCAAUGGUGGUAUGAUGGCUGCUCCAUUCAUGACUCAAGCUCAUGAUGGACUCCCACAAACCACAAUUGCCAAUUCUGGGCUCACUGCACCAUUUGACAACCAAGCACUGUCGAAUAUCUUUGGGAGUCAAGAUGCUUUUGCUGCCGACCUUGAUAUCAUGCCCCAGCAACCACAGCCACCUGUUAGGAAUGCAGGAAAACGACAAAGAGACGUUGAUGACUUCUGGCAGUCUGACAUCGUUUUCAAUGAAAAUGAUGAAAGAAACAGGAAAAGACAUAGGGGGGAGGAUGCUGGUGAAUCUGAGCAGAUGAGAUAUAUUGAUUCAAGUUGUCUCCAAAGAUCAUCAGACACACCAGAGCCCCCUACUGUUACUCCAGUCAUCCGAUCUCUUCCUGCUCUUGUUGCACGCCGUAGAAUUUCCUCUGACAACAAUCAUGAUAUCGUGGAUAGUACUGUGCCUUCUCUGCCUGCCCUGGAACAAUUCGGUGACCAAGCUCAAGAGCCAUUUCUCGGAUAUGAGCCAUCAUCUGAGCCAUCUUCCCAGGACAGAUCAUCAGGAAGUCGUUUUGUUACACCACCUCAAGUCAACAUAACACCAGACACGAUGUCUCGAUCAGCUUCCAACAAGUCAGCAGGGGUCUUUCCUGAUCAGCAUGUUGAGGGGUCUCCCAACCAUAUGAACCUUCAUGGCAUGGAAGAUAACCUUGAAGAUCUCCUUGAUAUGGAUAAUCUCCCAGGCCAGCCCGAGAAUGCAGACCUUUUGGACCCUGGGAUGCAAUACUUUGAUUUUGAUUCUUUCAGCAAUUAA